CCCUCAUCACCUCAAUCCACCCACCAAGCCUUUUCCACCAGAAUUCCGAAUUCUUCCACCCCCCCACAAGGGGAAGAUCUAUCUCAAAAUGCCCCCCACAAAACAAGAACUCUCCCUCCUCAUCAACCCCCUAGUCCCGGAGUCCCUCGCCCACAACAACCGGGUCCUCACCUCCCUCCACAGCCUAACUGCCUUCCUCCUCGGCCUGACCGCCGGCAUCCUCUCGCUGCAGUCGGCCACGGGCUUCGCCUUCUACUUCCUCGGCACGGUGGGCGUGUCCGCGCUGUUCCACGCGCUGGUGCUGUACCGGUCGCAGGGGCUGGGGGCCGGGAUGUACUUUGCCGGGGCGCAGGGGGAGGUGUCUGGGAUGGAUGAGCGGGGGAUCGUCCGGGGGGAGGCCGCCGGUGCUGCUGGUGCUGCGGCGGGCCGGAAAGCGCCGACGACGAAGAUGGUGCGGCGGGCGGCGUGGCGGGAUGUUUGGUUUGGAGGUGGGGUGCUCGGUGAGGCGUUGUCGGGGUUUGUGUUGGGAUGGGCGGGUGUUGGUGGGGUUUUGCGGUGAUUUUUGGAUCUCUAAGGGGAUGAUGGGGAGAGGAGAGGUGGGGAG